CUGCGCUGCACCUGCGCAGAUAACAGCAGAUCUCUAAUAAGUCAUAUGAUAAGAGACAGGAGGACAGGUGAUCAGCUGUCAAACAGGAUUAACAGCAUCUAGCUUCCUGGUGCGGAGGAGCAGGAGAACCGGUCUGUCUCUAGUGGGCCGGGUCAUGAGACUCCAGAGGUGGGUCUCCUUCAGUAAACUCCUCUCUUCUUCCUCUUCCUCAUCCUGGAGGCUGGCAUCAGCAGCUCUCUGCAGACAGGAGCACGUGUGUCUGUUCACUCAGUCCGCUAACAACAACAACAUGGCAGAGGAGGCGAAGAAACUGGCCGCUUACGCUGCUGUGGACAACCACGUCCAGAACAACCAGGUGGUUGGAGUGGGCAGUGGAUCAACCAUCGUCUAUGCUGUAGACAGAUUAGCUGAGAGGGUGCGUCAGGAGAAACUCAACAUCGUGUGUGUGCCCACCUCCUUCCAGGCUCGCCAGCUGAUUGUGCAGCACGGCCUCACGCUGUCGGAUCUGGACAGGCACCCAGAGCUGGAUGUGGUGAUUGACGGAGCGGACGAAGUAGACGGAGAUCUCACGCUGAUUAAAGGUGGAGGCGGCUGCCUGACGCAGGAGAAGAUUGUAGCCGGCUGUGGAAAACAUUUCGUUGUCAUUGCUGACUACAGGAAAGACUCCAAGGCUCUGGGCCAGCAGUGGAAGAAGGGAGUUCCCAUCGAGGUGAUCCCCAUGGCGUACGUUCCCAUCUCCAGGACGAUAGCCAAACGCUUCGGAGGCGAGGCCAACUUACGGAUGGCUGUCAGUAAAGCAGGUCCUGUGGUCACUGACAACAGCAACUUCAUCCUGGACUGGAAGUUUGAGCACGCUCAGAACUGGAAGGAAGUCAACACGGCCAUCAAGAUGAUCCCAGGUGUAGUGGAGACGGGGCUCUUCGUCGGCAUGGCUGAGCGAGCCUACUUCGGCAUGGAGGAUGGAAGCGUGCAGGUUCGAGAUCCUCCGGUCAACUGAGGAGUUUGCCAUAUUCACCGUCUUCCCUCCUCUCCAAUGACCUCACUUUACCCACAAGUGCCGCGUUCAUGCCUUCCACCCGGUCUCAGUCUGUGUUUUGGACAGAGCUGCACCUCCUGCAGAACUGGACUAAAACUCACACACAUCUCAAAACCAGAUAGAGUUAAGCAUCACUUGUUUUUUCUCAUCCUGCAGGUGGUGCUUCUGACACUGUGAGAUUUAAAGUGCCUGAUGAGUAAAAUCAAGUGCAUCUGAUAUGUUUAGUUUUUCAGCGUGUAUUGUUGUUAGAGUUGUGGUUCUCAACCAGCGUGAUGAACCACUGCAGUGGUGCAGAAUGAACCUUAAGGUGUGCCUUGAGAUUAUAUUUUAAGACCUGUUUAAAUAAAUGAUCCAUGAAAGUUACAUAUAAAAGCUCAUAAUCACACAUCAAACUAUUGCCAUCUGUUCGGCUGCUAGAAAUAACACAAGUCCACUCGUCAAAGUGAAGGCUCAAGACAUUGCAAGCAGUCAGAAAGCUGAUAUGCCUUGAAGUCUUUUUGUUUAAUUAGAUCACAGAAAAAGGAGUACUAUGAACUCUCCUACAACACCAAGAAGUUUUACUUUUUCAGGAAAUUAAUUUCCUCUAAUUAAUAUGCUAAUUAAAACUGAAAAAAAGCUCCAAAAAUUAAUGAGAUCUUUGACAAUUUCGGGAAACCCUGUGGUGCAGGUGUGAAGCUUCUAUUAUUUGGUUAUCGUGUUACAAUAAUCCAAUGUCGCCCACAUACCGCACAGCACAGAGGUGGGCUGUAAUGAAUAUAAUGUAGAUGCUACUGGCUUUUAAACAGACACAUUUCAACGCAUGCUUUAGUAGAAAAUGCCUGCGUAGAAGCUACCAAUGGGCCUUUGUACAAAAAAGGUUAAACCAAAGGACGAGGUGAAAUCAUCCUGUUGUUGUAAAAGCAUGUACUUCCUGUUUUGUCUCUGAAAUGUGAUUUUCUCUGUGUGGUCGCAGCAGCUUCAUCGUUCUUUCAGUGCCUCGGUGUAACUGAAGCUCCGUCUGUUGUCACCUUGUGUGUCCUACAGCAGCAUGUGGUUAAUUUUUUACAAUUUUGUGGUAGCAUAGUGGUACAUUUUUCAUCAUCUCAACCAUUCAGCUGCACUUGACGACAAUUAUAUAUCCUCUUUAUUAGGAAUUGCAGUUGUUAAAGUGUUCUGGACAACUGUGCGGGUUUAACAGGUAUAAUACGACAUCUGCAUUUCAGGAUUUUCACCUGGAAAUUAAUCCAUUCUGUCAUGCAAUUCCUUAACAGAGCCAGUUUGAAAUAUUUGGUGGUUUAAAUAUGUUUAUUUCACUGGCCAGUGGGGUUCAUAGUCCUGAUAUGGAAGUUCUUCUCCUUGAACUUUAGUGUAUGAUAAGCAUUGUGUCAUGGACCAAUGAUCUGAUUUCUUGGGUGAAGACAGAGUUUGAGAAAUCUCUGCGGUUUCGUCAGAGUUUCAACAGCUGUUUGUGUGCAGUUCCACUAAUCAGUGAGCCGGGUUAAAGUCCAAACCAAACCUCUGAAUGUGUUUACUUUCAUGCAUGUACCUCCCUCUACUGUGUUGGCUCCGUUUUGUGCCUGCAAGUUAACUUGCAUUACAGUUUUCCUUACACAAGCCAUCUGGUCACAGGAAGUCUUGUGCCAUCAACUUAAUGUUAAAUAUAGCUAUAGAGAGACGUGUUAUGAGGUAAUGAUGAUGGGCAGUUGUGCUAUAAAAUACUCACAGAACUGAUGUAGCUCAAAUCCGAACCAACAGCAACACAAUUACAUUUUAUGUGCCUUGGCACGCCAAAGCAAUAAAACACACUGCUUUAUUCAGAUGUAGCAAAAUGUAUUGAUUGUCAUAUUGUUGGAACAACUACCACUCACAAUCACUGCUACGUUUAGUUAAAAACUGCGUCAUCAGGUUUUAGGAAAGACAUUUCAAUGAACAAUAAUGCAGCAAGACAAAAGAUGUUUGGUUUAAUUUGUGUGCAGCUCCCAAAAAGAAACAUCCAAGAUGUCAUGUUUCACAAUGUCCCAUCUUUAUUGAAUCUUAUUUGUAAUCAUUUCAAGAUGUUGAAGUCUUAAAAAGCAGUACAGUGCAGCUUUGAAUGUGUAGCACAGUGCUCUUUCUGAAUUGUCUAAAAAUCAGAAGCUCGUCAUUCUUUCUCUCAAAGAUUCAAAUAGUCAAGUUGUCUUUCUUUACAGCAUGGAAAAGUUCCUUUACUGUCCAGAACAACCAUCAUUUGUUUGAAAAUUGUGAUAAUUUUUCCAUAUGAUUGAUAUCUUUCAUUUUGAAAUGCAGCUAAUCACUCUACUUUUGGCUCACGAUGCCUUACACUUUAUUUUUGUAUGUUUAUGUUUUUGUAUGUACAUCUCUGAGCGACUCAGGAGAACAUCAAGCAAAUGCAAAAGCAGAUUUGUCUACAAGCCACUGUUCUUAGGUUCUUAGGUUCUUAGGUACGGGGCAUCCGAUUCUAUUCUAGUCUAAUUGUACUCUCAUAAAUCAAAUGGAAGCGGAUGAAUUUGAGGAUGUAUCACGGCCUCAGUGGAGUGUAGACAAUGGUGAAGUUAACUGAACUGAGAAUACGUGGCCCAGUUUGGGUCCGAUACAAGUUGUACACCGUGUUGGAUAUUUUUGCACCAGCAUUUCUCUUAUUCCUUUCUUUACCAACAGACUGUGAUAUAAUUUUUACUGUGACGGUACUAUUUUCUUUUGUCAACCAAUACAGAACCAUAAUGAUAACAUA